UCCAUAUCGCUGAAUAAGAGAUUAACUCUGAACCUAUUACCAAUCUGUUGAUAGUAUCCAGCAAUAAGCAGGAUAAUGCGGAAUUUGAGCAUAACUUUAUUUACUCUCGGAAUUAUAAAGCAUGUUUUCACAUAUGACCGCGGGCUUGCGUGUUUCGACGUAUCAAACAUUCAAUACUCGUGUUCAAAUUCCGCAGGGAAUGAUUUAAUAUUACGAAUAUAUCAAUGCAGGAUAACCAUGAUACAUGUGGAAUUAUGCAAUGAUUACAUGCCACACGCUUUCAAGUACACGCGGUUUGAAACAAAUCCGACUAAUCUCGCGAUAUUUCGGAUUUUCCUCAAAUUUCAACAGCAUUUUCGAUUUCGUUUGAUCGCACGAGAUGAAUCUUUCAAUCAGUUGAUAUAAAAACAAAGAGAGAGCAUGCAUUGUUUUUCCUCUUAAAUCGAAUUUUUCGAAUAGAAAUAUUUUCACCCUAUUCAAGUAAGCUUAUAUGUAUAUACAUAUAUACGUAUGAGUAUCCAUCGCAUUGAAAAGGGUGUAGAGUUACACUGGAUAUUAUGCACUUAAUAUUGCGCCUUUCAAAAGGUUACGUAACCGAUAAUUAUUAAUGGAGUACAGCAGAGCGAUUAUAGAACAAUAGAGUAUUAAUUACGUCCGGCGCAUUGUUAAUUUAAUUCAACUAUAAUUAAUUGCAUUCAAAAGCAUGUUCCUGCAUAUUAAUUAGCGAUGCUUGAUACUGCCACGAUAGAGGAUGCCAUCAAACGGGAUGCUAUCCAUUUGUUUGUUUUUUUUUUUUAGAUUAACUCGUUAUUCGCGUAAGAUAAAAUUAUCGAAGGAAAAGAAAGACGUGGCACAUUUUAUUUUCAGAAAAUAAUUAACGCAAUAUAAAACGUGCGUGAGAAUACACAAGAGAAACUAUGCAAUAUUACAUAUUAUAAGUGUACAAAUCAUCGAAAGUUUAUUUUCAAUAGGGUGACAAGGGUGAUAAAGGCGAUCGAGGCUUCACGACGACCUUGAAGGGCGAACAGUUCCCAAGUGGAGUAUUCGAAGGCCCACCUGGUCCACCAGGACCGCCUGGGCCCCAAGGCGAGAAAGGAGAAUUGGGCCCGAUGGGACCGCCCGGUCUGCCCGGCGAGAAGGGUGCUCGGGGAAAGCCAGGGAAGAGGGGUUUCAAGGGUGAGAGCGGUGUGACAUUGGCGAGGGGUAUCCUCGGCCUUCCGGGUCCGAAGGGCGAAAUGGGCGCCAAGGGAGAUGCGGGUUCAUCAGGGCCCAAGGGAGAGACGGGAACGCAGGGCUUGCCGGGGCUCAACGGAACCGACGGCGAUCCCGGUAUUCAAGGACCCCCAGGAUUACCGGGAAUAUCCGGACCCAAAGGUGAAAAGGGUGACUACGGCGACAUCGGUCCUCCAGGUCUUAUGGGACCUCCGGGUCUACCCGGCCCACCGGGCUAUCCUGGGAUGAAAGGCGAAAAGGGAGAGAAAGGCGAAUCGAAGUACAAAAAGCUCAGGCGAAGACAGGGAGAUGGCACGUUCGAGAUGAAUGCCGGGGAAGUGAUAAUGGGUCCGCCUGGACCUCCAGGACCCGCUGGUACUCCCGGACUGCAGGGUCCACCCGGCAUCAAGGGUGACAGAGGACACGACGGCGCCAAGGGCGAUUCUGGAGAGAAGGGUACCAAAGGAGAUCCUGGUCCGAUGGGACUGCCCGGCCCCAUGGGACUGAGGGGAGAGUCCGGAAAGCCCGGAGAUUCCGGGAAACCUGGCGCCAUGGGACCACCAGGAUUAGACGGCAUGAAGGGUGCGCAGGGCGAGCCAGGAACGAAGGGCGAAAGAGGAGAUCCGGGAUUGCCUGGUACCGACGGGAUUCCCGGCGCGGAGGGACCGAAGGGAGAGAAAGGUGCCAAAGGCGAAUCUGGGCCGCCGGGUAAACGCGGCAGGAAGGGCGACAAAGGCAACAAGGGGGACCAGGGUGUUCCAGGAUUGGACGCGCCGUGUCCGCUGGGACCGGACGGGCUUCCCUUACCGGGCUGCGGCUGGAGACCACCGCAGGAUAUUACGAGCACAUCGACGCCGGCGAUCGACGGUCCUGAACCCGCGGAGACGGAUUAUGAGGAGCCGGAGGACGACUACGAGGACUAUACGGAUCCGAACGGGAAUCUAGCCGAGCAAUAAUGCUCGUUUUUGUGCGCUGCCCUAAUCACACUACCGACAACCAACACCAAUACCAUCACCACCACCACCACCACCGCCACUCUCAUCACUCGUCUCAUUCCGUUCUCCCAAACUAACGUGGUUCCGCCAAGUGAUGACGUCCUGCAGCGAUGGCUGGAACAGCAGGAGGAAGAGGAAGAGGAGGAGAUGAACGAGCGGCAGUGAUGUUGCAAGGACAAUAGCGCAUUUUUUCAUAAGGACUUCUGUAUAUCCUCCUGUUCCCGCCUCCGUCUCGUUACGACGACCGCAUUACGCGAAAAAAAAAGAUAUAUAUAUAUAUAUAUUAUAUAUAUAUACCAAAAUAAUCAUCUUGCCAUCGAGUGUUGUAAAUAUGUGUACUUACAGUGUCUAGCAUCCGCAGUGCGUGUACAUAAUUAGAGCUUGCUGCGAAUCUACGUAUCCCGACAAGACCGUUCGUACCGUCAUCGUCGGUUCAUACGGUUUAUCUAGAAAUGUCGCACACAAGUAUACGGCGAUCGAUCUCCGCGAUCGAUACUUCCGGUUUCGAGUGCACAGCUCGCUCUCCUCGCGUGAGAAGACCGGAAAAAUUCGAUCCCGGUACCGAGAGAUAUUGGAAAGUAAGCGGACAAAGUAAUCCCGGAAAAUUAAAGUGAAGUGCGCGAAGGUCGUUUCGUGGUCGAGCGUGAUAGUGCGAUGGUACGGGAGGAAACGCAUUCGCUUAUCGAGUAUUCGAAGUCUCCAUGCGAACGAAAUGAAUUCUGCGGCAGCAGGCCGAAGGACAUUCACCGCGGAUUUAAACGAGCGAUUUGAUGAGAUACAGACGAGGAAGGGGGAAAAAAAAUUGCAACGCGCCGAGGAAUUAGCUCCUAGUCGAGGCCUGAAGUGCGUUUCAAAAUUUUCUUUUUCGCCACUUUUUUCUACGGGAAUUUUCCUUGUACGCUAUCGGCUUAUUUGAAACGUGAGACGUAUAUGUACAGAUAUCUUUGAAAUUUUCUUAAAAUAUUUAUGCAUCUUCAACAUUCUCGCGCUUGUGAUCAGAUCGCCUCUUAGCUAAUCUUUAGCAGAAAGACGUACGCUAAUCCGUACCUGUGAAAAAAAAA